CACCCGCUGCCGGUCACAACGCCACGACACGCCGCACAGUGACCGAUCUCGCCCGAACCACAAGACCAGCGUCGCACGCCGGGACUCCAUCUCAGGCGUGAACUUGCCUUCGUUUCGCUGGUGGCUGGCAGCGCAGACUACAAUAUCUAGUUCACCGAGGUGCGGAAAGAAGAUGGCGGCCACCGCGACGUUGCUGCUGACGUCGAUCUGCGCAUGCGCCGCACAGGCCCCUUACUUUGACGGCGGCUUUGUGGGAGGCGGGGGCGGCUUCGGCGGCUUCGGCGGCUUCCAGCCGGAGAGCCCCAAGGACUUCGCGUCGACGCUGGGCGCCUUCCACACGGCGCUCACUCUCAGCCCGCAGGACCGCUUCCAGCAGCUCAUAGGCGUUGGCAGCGGCGGCGGUGGUGGCCAGUGCGCUGCACAGGGCCCCCAGGGAUGCGACCCCCACCAGAAGUACCGCACCAUAGACGGCACCUGCAACAACGUCUACCGGCCGGGACUGGGUGCUGCCCAGUCCACCUACAGCCGACUGCUGGGACCAAAGUACUCUGGAGCCAACCGGCAGCCGGCAGUGUCUGUGACGGGGCACUCGCUGCCCCCGGCGAGGACGGUCAGCUGGGUGUUGUUCCCGGACAACCCGAUCCACGACCCCAUCUGGACGCUGGUGGCCAUGCAGUGGGGGCAGAUCAUGACGCACGACAUGAGCAUGGCCGCGGGCACCUCGCAGGCCAAGGCACACAGGACGCAGUGCUGCGCGUCCGACGGCAGCCACUGGUCGCUGACGAACGAGCCCACCUGCUACCCCAUCAUCAUCGACGAGAAGGACCCCGUCUUCGGGCCGGCCGGCAUCCGGUGCAUGAACUUCGUGAGGACCACGGCGGACGCCUGCUCUCACCACGCCAGCGAGCAGCUGAGUGCGGUGACGUCAUACCUGGAUGCCUCGCUGGUGUACGGGUCGGACGAUCAGACGGCGGCGAACCUGCGACUCUUCCAGAAGGGCCUCCUGAGGACGGACACCUCCAACCACGGCCGCCACUUCCCGCCCGCCUCCAACAACAAGAGCGCCGCCUGCGAUACAGCCAGCGACGGCGAGUCCUGCUACGCCGCAGGUGACCAGCGUGUGAACCAGAACACGCAGCUGACGGUGCUGCAGGUGAUCCUGCUGAGAGAGCACAACCGCAUCGCCUCAACGCUGGCCCACCUCAACCCUCACUGGGACGACGAGAAGAUCUACCAGGAGGCUCGCCGCAUCCUCAUCGCCGAGCACCAGCAUAUCUCCUACUGGGAGUGGCUGCCCAUCUUCCUCGGCUGGGAGACUGUGAAGACCCACAACGUGCUUUCCUACGGCGAGGGCUACGCAGAGGACUACGACCACACCGCCGACCCCCGAGUCAUCAACGAACACGCCACGGCCGCCUUCCGCUACUUCCACAGCAACAUCCAGGGCUACCUCCACCUGGUGACGGAGCACAGGGACAGCUUCUCGGCCCUGAGGCUGAGCGACCACUUCAACCGGCCAGAGAUCAUCGAGCAGGGCGACAACUUCGACGACCUGGUGCGAGGACUCAGCUCCCAGCCGCAGGAGAACGUCGAUCAGUACUUCACCAAGGAGAUCACGUGGUACCUGUUCCGGAACGGCAAGCCUCUGGGGCAGGACUUGCGCGCCAUCGACAUCCAGCGUGGGCGGGACCACGGGCUGGCCUCCUACAACGAGGCGCGCCACCACUGCUCGCUGCGCAAGGCGCACUCCUGGGAGGACUUCCUCGACGUCAUCAGCGCAGAGAACGUGGAGAAGCUGUCCAAGCUGUACGAGCACCCGGACGACGUGGACCUGACGGUGGGCGGCUCCCUGGAGGUGCACGUGCAGGGCGCGCUGGCCGGCCCCACGUUCGUCUGCAUCAUGGCCGAGCAGUUCCGGAGGACGCGCCAGGGCGACCGCUUCUUCUACGACUUCAAGCACGCCGGCUUCACACCAGACCAACUGCAGGAAAUCAGGAAAGCGAACAUGGCCAGGCUGCUGUGUGACAACUCCGAUCACGUGAAGAGCAUGCAGCCACGAGCGUUCGAGAAGAUCAACCAUGGAAACCCAAUCGUGCCGUGCGACUCGCUGCCAGCUGUGGACCUGAGUGCAUGGCAGGAGUCCGGUGGUGAUGGUGGCCACGGAGGAGAGUCUGCAUCGCUCUGGUACUUCAAGAAGUGAAGACCCAAGGGUCGCCAGUGGACGAGGACCUCCGCACACUCCAGGGUCAGGCUGCCUCGCUGGAGAAGACUGCCUCGAGCCCCUCAGCACCAGCUGUGACGAGGCCCCAGAUCCUGGAUGUUUGGUUCUCUGAAUGGCCAGUUGGUGUCCUCCAACUAUCGUUAUCAUCAAUGCUCUCACCAUCCUCAUCCACAUCAUCACCCUCGUUCACAGUGUCUACCGCAUAUCAUCACCUUUGGUCACCUCAAGAAUAUUGGCAUUGAGAGUCAGUCGCCAAGCGGUCUAGAAUGUAAAAUUCUGUAUUCCCUGAACUCUUCAACAUAUGCAUUUGAAAACAGCGAAAUAUCGUGAAUCUUUGCGGCCAUUUCUGUAACUGGGCACUGAAUUGAAGUUUAGCCCACUGACCACAAUAACUAGUAUCAAGAUGAGAAUGGUCAUUGCUUUGUAGUCAGGAUUUGCUUUCUUGAGGUGAGCAGUCCAAGUUUCUCACCGGUCAGUUAGACCUAUGGUCAUCAUUAAUGUCUCAGUACUUAUGGCCAUGUGUCUGUUGCAGAUCAUGUUGUGCAUCUGAUGUAGGUCCUAAUGAGUGAAUUGUGACUGAAGUCUGGGAUCCGAUUUAAAUACAUUACUGUGACCCUUCAUGACAUAAUCAGCCAAUUCUGUAUAGCCACAUUGGCAACCAUGCACAAUAUCUUCCUUGCAGCUGAAGAUCAUGCAGAAACCUUGACCCUUAGUUUCUUUUUAUUUUGGUAAGUUAAACGGCACGGCUUUUGACCACCCACUUGUGAUUUACUUAUUUAUUUAGUUCGGCUUAACUCUCUAUCUCCUCCUUGGUUUCUCUGCUUUUGUGACCUUAAUUGACACCCUUGCAUCAAUCGAACUUUCCACAUCUUCCUGUUCAACAUGGUCUCAGCUUUAUGACAUACACUUGUAAUUUGCAGGCAACUACGUCCUGAAAUUUUCUCAGUGUGGCGUAAACCUCUCAUAGUGUCUGUGAUAAUCCUGAUGGCAGGAAAUUCAAAGAGAUCUUUCACAUCCCAAAACACAGUUUCAUUGCUUCUCCAAGAAGACUAUAUGUGCCUGAACUUCUUCAGACUUGGUUAAUUUGACUAACGCCACUGUAUGGAUCCACAGUGACGUAAUCAACCACUGUUUUAUCACCAGUAGCAAAUGUGAGGCACUAAAGGUCCUCCAUGUCGCUUCGGCAUUGCUAUUUCACAUGCUGUGAGACAGUUUAUUUUUGUUGCCACUUUAAGUCUCAGAGGCACAAGCAAAAAUGCCAAUAGCUUGAAGAACUCUGAUUACUGCAGAUAUCCUGACAAUAAACCCUUAAUUUUUAGUUCCUCUUCAUAUUUCCAAACAGCAUACUGUAUGUAUGUAAACAAUUUUUGCGUCUUUCUGUUGGCUUCACUAAAAAAAGAAGCCAUGUUGUUGAUCCUUGAACCACUUUUACCUUCCUUUGCAAUUUUUCCUCCUCAUCUGCAAUGGAGUGUCUACAUGGUUUAAUAGUGGGUACACUCCUUAAUGGGUAUAGUUUUCCAUUUCACAACCAUAACUGUCAGUUAAGUAACUUAUACCUUUUCUAAUAAUUUCCCCCAGGAAUGAUGCUUAGUGUCAAAGCCUUCCAUAGUUUGUGACAACUUAAAUUAAUGUUGAUUGGCACACAAAUUAUUUAUCAGCAUGGACCAAACAACUGAACUGACUUUGAGUUCUUCUAAAACACAUAAUUAUUAAACAAUAAAUCACAUUUAGCCCCUUUUUCACAAACUUGCUAAGUUGCAGAGGGCACACGAUCAGAGUUACAGGCUCAUUCUCCAGUGUUACUGUAGAGAGCAUUGUAAAUACCAUUGUUAUAGCAGUAAUGGGCUUGGAACGGAAAGCACGUCGCUACCUUACACAUUUGACUGUUAUCUGAAGUUUUAUUCUAGACUGCAUAAGGUUCCUUUCUGUUUGGACAGCCAGAACUAUUUAGACCGUUUGAGCUUCUUUAGACUCCGCCUAUGUUCUUUGUUGAACUCGUAUUGUUACCAAAGUCAUACUUUUAAAAAAAUGGUAGCGCUAUUUAUUUUUGAUAAAAUGGAUGAAACUUAUUCAGUACACAAAGGCUACAAAAAGACAACUCCAACUUUCCUCACAUACAGAAACCUCCUUCUCCGUUAUGUUUGUCCACUUUUGUUAUAUAUAUUCCCAGAUAUUUAUAUACUGCUUAACGUGUUUUUUCCUACAAAAAUAUAUGACUGUAAUUUUCUUGGAAAUAAACAUAUUGUUACAACA